AAAACAUGAAAACAGAAGUCUCUACAGCUGCUAACUUUAUCACCAGUUUGCUCAGGAUGACUGGCCUUCUUCCUGAAGAUCAUCUUCAUCACUUCAGCUUUUCCCUGCAGGAGGCGCUGCUUGAGCACUAUGAGCAACACUGGUUUCCCCAAGCCCCUUGCAGAGGGUCUGGCUACAGAUGCUUGCGCAUCAACCACAAAAUGGACCCGUUGAUAGGCAAAGCUGCCUGUGCUAUUGGCAUUACACAGCAGAAACUUUUUUCCUUGCUUCCAAGUGAGCUAACACUAUGGGUGGACCCAAAUGAGGUGUCGUAUCGCAUUGGUGAAAAUGGAUCCACUUGUGUACUGUACGAGUCCACGCCAUCUGCUGUAUAUACUGGCACAACAGAUCAAGAAGCCAGCUGUAAGGGAAAACUGAGAACUGAACAGUCAAAGUCUUCAAAGCGCUUCAGUAUGAUGACCAGCUUGGGUUAAAUGCUGUGAAACAUUUUGUACUUGAUAUCUUUAUUUUCAUGUGGAUGCUACCCCUUGUUUAGAACAUUAAUACCUUUAACUGCUCAUAGAUUAAAGCUUUGAUAGAUGCUGUUCUAUUUCUCGCAAUUGCAUCAUGACAAAUACAAAGUU